ACAUUCAAUUCAAAAUCAAAAUCGGUUGUGCCCGUGCCGAGAAAACCCGUUCGGGCCCAACCGGGUCAAAUGAAGCAGUUGCCGUCGCCCCACGUACCCGUGCCCGGUAACGGGGUAUCGGGUGAGCUUGAGACGAUGCUGUAUGACUACCAAAAGUCCAAAGGGAGCAGCAAACUGGUUCGGGCCACAUCAGGGAACGUGAUGCUGUACGGGAAUUUGGGGAAUAUUCGGUCGAAACAGAGCUCCGGUAAUGAUCCGAAACCCGGUUAUCGACCGAAUGCUAAUCGGGUAACGGGUAGUCUAGUACCCAGUAACCAAACGGAUACGGAUACGGGUACGGUUGUGCUUUGUCGAGCAUUGUCGAAGAGAACGGAUUCGGAGGAGCUGAAGGAUUUAGGGAAUAGGGAGUUUGGAGAGGGAAGGUUUGCGGAGGCGUUGGCUUACUAUGAUCAGGCGAUUUCGAUGGAUCCGGGUAAGGCUUCUUAUCGGAGCAAUAAGGCCGCGGCUUUAAUGGGUUUGGGUCGGAUAUUUGAAGCUGUUUGCGAGUGUAAGGAAGCGGUUCGGAUCGAUCCGGGUUACUGUCGGGCUCAUAACCGGUUGGCUGGCCUUUAUUUCAGACUGGGAGAAGCUGGCAAAUCAAUUCAUCACUACAGGCAAUCACAAAGGGAAGCUGAUCCUAGUGACAUCUCAAAGGCUCAAACACUACAAAGAUACAUUGCAAAAUGCAGCGAAGCAAGAAGAACAAGAGAUUGGCAGACGAUGCUUAAAGAAUCCCAAUCUGCAAUUUCCUUCGGGGCCGAUUUUGCUCUUCAGGCAUUUUCAUGGAAAGCAGAGGCGCUGAUGAGACUCCAAAAGCAUGAUGAGGCCGAUGCAGUACUAAAUGGUGCGCCUAAAUUAGAUGUCAAUGCAUCUACAAAGAUUUUUGGGGCUCCUGUAAACGGAUACAUGCUCAUGAUUCGAGCUCAAGUAGACAUGGCUGCAGGAAGGUUCGACGAGGCAGUUUCAGCAGCUCAAAGGGCAAUGCAACUUGACAGAAAUAACCAGGAGAUAACGGCAGUUCUGAGGAGAACAAAAGCAGUAGCAUUUGCUCGGUCUAAAGGCAACGAAUUCUUCAAGGUCUCAAAUUUCAAUGAGGCUUGCUUAGCCUAUGGAGAAGGAUUAGGUCACGACCCCCAAAACGCCAUUCUUCUCUGCAACCGGGCAGCAUCUCAAGCUAAGCUCGCACAGUGGGAGAGGGCAGCAGAAGAUUGCAAUGCUGCUCUUAAGCUCCGGCCGUCUUAUGCAAAAGCUCGGUUGAGGAGAGCUCAUUGCAAUGCCAAGAUGGGAAGAUGGGCACCAGCAGUUCAAGAUUAUGAGACGCUGAUCAAAGAACUACCAGGAGAUGAGGAGGUGAGCAAGGCAUUAGCAGAGGCCAAGUCAAUGCUGCAGAAAAAAAGAUGGGAUCUUGUAAAGAGCACAACUCUCUCUUGAUACGCCGUUGUAUGUUGUGCCGCUUGAUUUUUUUUCGCACAUUGAGAGUUGAUCUCUGAGAAAUUGAUGCUUUCGAUGAAGCAACUCGGAGCUAAAAAUUCCGUGAGAUCUUACAAAGAUUGUAA